CGUCCGCCGCAGGCUCCCCGCCCCCCGCCCCCAUCCCGCGGCUCCGAGGCCCCGCACGGCACCCCCGCCAACCAGGGCCCGGAGGAUGAUGAAGCUCAAGUCGAACCAGACCCGCACCUACGACGGCGACGGCUACAAGAAGCGGGCCGCGUGCCUGUGCUUCCGCAGCGAGAGCGAGGAGGAGGUGCUGCUUGUGAGCAGUAGCCGCCAUCCAGACCGAUGGAUUGUCCCCGGUGGAGGCAUGGAGCCCGAGGAGGAGCCAAGCGUGGCAGCAGUCCGGGAAGUCUGUGAGGAGGCUGGAGUGAAAGGCACAUUGGGAAGAUUAGUUGGAAUUUUUGAGAACCAGGAGAGGAAGCACAGGACGUACGUGUACGUGCUUAUUGUCACAGAGGUCCUGGAAGACUGGGAAGACUCGGUGAACAUUGGAAGGAAGAGAGAGUGGUUUAAAAUAGAAGAUGCCAUAAAGGUGCUGCAGUGUCACAAGCCUGUGCAGGCGUCAUACUUUGAGACGUUGAGGCAAGGCUACUCCGCCAACAACGGCACCCCUGUCGUGGCCACCACCACGUACUCCAGCUCCAUGUCAGGCAUCAGAUGACUGCAGACUUCCUGUAAGAGCCGGAGAGUGGAAACGGGACUGAAAUAUGGCUCUCCUCACCGCCCCCUCACCCUCCUCACGGCCUCUUCUUUCACCAUGGUGGGCAGCAGAGAGGGUGCACCGAGGUGCUGUUGUGGGAUGUGGAGUGAGGUGGGUGGGGUGUGGCAUGGUGGGAACUUUUUUCUCUUUUCCUGAGGGGGGACUGGGGUGUAACUCACAAGUACUUUCCUGCAUGCUCCGUGCCUCCCUUGCUCACCCUGCCCUCCAAGAGAGGGGGCGCCCACUCCCCUCCUGGGGUUCUGAAGCGGUCCCAUUUGUCUCAGCCUAGCCUAGCCAGAUAUUUUCUCUGAUUUUUUUUUUUUUUUCCAUUAAAAGAA